GCCAGCCGAGCGCAGAGCGCAGAAUGUCCGAGGCCGCGCCCGCCGCGCCCGCCGCGCCGGCCCCCGCCGAGAAGACGCCCGUGAAGAAGAAGGCCCGCAAGUCCGCAGGCGCCGCCAAGCGCAAGGCGUCCGGGCCGCCGGUGUCCGAGCUCAUCACCAAGGCCGUGGCCGCCUCCAAGGAGCGCAGCGGCGUGUCCCUGGCCGCGCUCAAGAAGGCGCUGGCGGCCGCCGGCUACGACGUGGAGAAGAACAACAGCCGCAUCAAGCUGGGCCUCAAGAGCCUGGUGAGCAAGGGCACCCUGGUGCAGACCAAGGGCACCGGCGCCUCGGGCUCGUUCAAGCUCAACAAGAAGGCGGCGUCCGGGGAGGCCAAGCCCAAAGCCAAGAAGGCGGGCGCGGCCAAGCCCAAGAAGGCUGCCGGGGCGGCCAAGAAAGCCAAGAAGGCCGCGGGGGCCGGCACCCCCAAGAAGAGCGCCAAGAAGACCCCGAAGAAGGCGAAGAAGCCCGCGGCGGCGGCGGCGGCGGCGGCUGCGGGCAAAAAAGUGGCCAAGAGCCCGAAGAAGGUGAAAGCGGCCAAACCCAAGAAGGCGGCUAAGAGCCCCGCCAAGGCCAAGGCCCCGAAGCCCAAGGCGACCAAGCCCAAAGCUGCCAAGCCCAAGAAGGCCUCCAAGAAGAAGUAAGCGUAUGGGUUCGUCGAGAACGUCGUAAAGGCUCUUUUCAGAGCCACCCA